AUGGCUUACACAUUGGAUCGGAACUACACCACGCCCUUCAUCAACAUGGGCGUCACCACCGUCGGCCUGACCACCGCCUCUUUCCUCAACUUCUCCGAGGAGAAGACGGGGCUGGAGCACUUCGCUGAGGCGUACCGCCCAAUGCACGGGGUUAUCGCCCCCAUCAUCUGCGUUCUGGGCAUCAUCGCCAACUGCCUCAACAUCGUGGUACUCACGCGGAAAAACAUGAUCUCCCCCACCAACGUCCUCCUCACCUGGCUCGCCAUCUCCGACGGCUUGACCAUGAUGGCGUACCUCCCCUACGCCAUCCUCAACUACCACGUCUUCGCUAAAGACGACGCUUCCCCUCUCAGCAACGCCCGGUUCAUCAUGUUCUUCGCCAUCUUCAGCGUGGUGGUCCACAGUAUAUCCAUAUGGUUAACCGUGUCCCUAGCCGUGUUUAGAUACGUCUUCAUUAGAUACCCACGGAGAGGAGCUAAAAUGUGCAGCACGUACCGAGCUAAGCUCACCGUUUUCAUCGUCUGCGUCGUCGUUACCUUAGUCUGCAUCCCCAACUCCGUCAGCUACAGGUUCGAGACCAACCUAACCGCUAAAAACCAAACCUCGUGGUUUAUCGACGUGAGGAAGGACACCCCAGGCUACCAGUUCCUGAAGAACUUCAAUCUCUGGAUACAAGCCAUCCUUGUCAAGCUGCUUCCGUGUCUUCUGCUAGCGGUGCUCAGUAUCCUACUCAUCAAACAGAUGAAAGACGCGGAGAAACGAAGAAAAAAAUUAAUGAACAAAAACAGUUCCAAAGUCGAAGACGACUCCCGCCGCCAUAGAAAAACUAACAGGACAACUCGAAUGCUUGUCGUGGUUGUCGCCCUGUUCGUUCUCACCGAAACCCCACAGGGGAUUCUUCAGCUUCUUGGAGGCAUCAUUGAAAGCUUCUUCGUCAAGGUCUACGGACCGCUUGGGGACUUAAUGGACUCGCUUGCCUUGUUCAACAAUGGCAUAAACUUCGUGCUGUACUGCACCAUGAGUAAACACUUUAGGGACACUUUUAUUAAGAUUUUUCUCAGUGACAUCGUCAAGGCCACGAGCGUGAGGAGCGAAGGUCAGAUGAUGACCGCGAGGACGACUCGGGUCUCGGAAGUGUGAGUCGAUGUGUGUCGUGGGAUAAGUUCUAUUUAAACUUUACAAGCGUUGUGGGGAAGUUCUGUUAAAACUUUACCAGCGUUGUAUGGCAGUUCUCUUUGAACUUUACCAGCGUUGUGGGGAAGUUCUCUUUGAACUUUACCAGCGCUGUAGUGUGGUUCUAUUUAAACUUUACCAGGUUGGAGUGAAUUUCUAUUUGAACUUUACCAGCGUUCUAGUGAUCUUUAAACUUGACCAACGUUGAAAUGAGGUCCUCUUUAAACUUUACCAGUGUUAGUGAUUUAGCUUGAAACUUUACACCUUCUUUGAGAAGCCUGCUUUCAUCUAUACUAACGUGAACUUAAAGUUUGCUUUAUAUUUUACACCUACAAAGUGAGGUUUACUUUCAUCUAUACCUACGUUAAAAUAAAAUUCAUUUUCAACGUUACCAACGUUUAAGCCAAGCUAUUCCCAAAAUAUAUGCUUGUGGCGUUACACAUGUCAUGAAAUGCUUCAAAGUGAGACACUAUCAAUUUUAUUUAAUCAAAGCUGUAUGCGCGUCACAUUUAACUGAUGGUGUGGAGUUUUAUUGGAUUCUUCAGUAACUACAUCGAUGGACUUAGUCAAUCACUCAACAAAGUUUCUUGAAAAUAUAAGGCGUUUGUGUGUCAGACACAUAUUAGUGUGUCUGCCACAUAUA